AUGGAGCAAAAGAUCAAAGGACUCAAAGCUUGGAGCUGCAUAGGAACAGGAAUUAUAGUCCUUGUGCUAUUUACUACAAUCCCUGGCGCUAAAGAAUUACUUGCUGGUCUCUUCAGGUCAUUAAAAAAUUUGGGAGGCUUCGGACUGAUUAUUUUUAUGGCAUUUUACGCUAUAUGUUUAGCAAUAUCAAUUCCAAUUACUAUGCUAAAUAUUUCAUUAAGCUUUUUAUAUAGCUUUUGGACUGCGUUUUUAAUCAGUGGUGUUGGAGCUUUUGUUGGGACAAUUAUUUGCUACCCUAUUUAUAAUGAAAUAAACAUUCCUGUUUGCCAUAUAAUAUAGUGGUAAUACUUAUAUUUAUAUAAAUAGGCAUAUGUUUUAGGCAAAAGUUUAUUGAGAGAUUCAUGCAAAGAACUUUUUGAUAGUUAUCAAUCAACAAAAGCUAUGGCUUCUGCAAUAGAGGAAAGCCAAUGGAAGUUUGUCUUUUUAAUUUGGAUGAUAAGUGCUCCAGUUUCAGUCAAAAAUUAUGGAUUAGCUAGCUUGAACGUAAGGUUUUUACCAUAUAUAGUGAUAGGUACAGCCACAAGUCUGUUUAAUAACGCAACUCACAUUUUCUUAGGAAGCAAAGCCCAAGCUUUAUAUAAAGAAGUGGAGCAUGGAGAGUUUUUAACAUAUGAAAUGCUGUUCUUCGUAGUUUCAAUUGUGUUCAGUGGGAUCGCAUUUGCUGGUUUAAGCCUUUUUGUCCAUAAAUCAUUGAGAGCUGAGUCCAAAUAUGAAGAAAUGAAUAUGGUCUAG